AUGGAUUGUGAUGCUGCUGCUGAAGUUGGAGAUCAGGAUGGUGGUGGAGUUGAUGGAUGGAGGAUUCAGGUUAUCAAAAGUGUGAUUUUGGGUAUUCAAAACUUCUGGACAUCAAAUUUUGUACUGCCAGUUAAGGUAGUGAAGAAGAUUGAUGAAGUUUGCAGGCAAUUCCUGUGGGGGAAAUCUGGAAAUUCUUCAAAAACUCCUUUGGUCUCAUGGGAUAAAGUAUGCUGUGGGAAAAUUCAAGGUGGCUUGGGAGUGUAUUCUGCAGCUAUUUGGAAUCUAGCUACUGCUAUGAGGAGUUUGUGGUAUAUCCAUGUCAAUAAGGAAAUUUUAUGGGUGAGAUGGAUCCAUGGAAAUUAUUUAAAGCAUAGGGAUGUAUGGAAUGUUAAAGCAAAAAAAGGAGACUCUUGGAUGUGGAAGCAGCUACUUAAAUGUAGAGACAAGGCUUUGAAUGAAGUUGGAGGCAUUGACAACCUGAAGAAAUUGCUUGGAGAUUGCUACGAAAACUCAAAAAUCAAGCUGUCAGCAAUAUAUUCUGUAUUCUCCCCUGCAAAUCAAAAAGUUCCCUGGUCUAACACAGUGUGGGGAGUUUUGAAUUACCCUAGGCACUCAUUUAUACUAUGGCUUGCGGUGCUGAACAGGCUACAAACACAGGAAAGAUUAUUGAGAAGAGGGAUAAUUAACAUAAAUCAGUGUUACCUGUGUGCAGGUUCUGAGAGCAGAGACCAUUUAUUUUUUGAAUGCUAUUAUUCCAGGGAUGUGUGGCUGGGCAUCAGUAACUGGCUUGAAAUUGACUGGCAAACAUGCUAUUGGAACUUACUUAUGAAUUGGUAUAUCACUAGACAAAGAGGGAAGGGAUUCAAGAAAAAAGUUAGGAGAUUGGUGCUUGCGGCUGCUGUGUACAGAAUUUGGGAAGAAAGGAACAGAAGAUAUCACCAGCAGGCGGGUAGAAAUGCUGAUCAGUUGGUUAAGAUCAUCAAAACUGAUAUCUUCACUUUAUGCCUGAACAGCCACAUCACUGAUGAGCAAAAAGAUUGGUUAAUAUCUUUGUAA